AUGAAGGGACACGAACUCGAAUCGACGACGUCCAACCUCGAACCGACGAUACUUCUUGAAGGUGUCACUUUUUCCGCCCUUCAAGCCCUUUCCGACGAUUCAAUCUUUUCUCUCAAACUGUCUUGGGGGCGUGCGACUCGAUAUGCUGAGAUCUGGACAGAGGUCAACAUUCCCAAGACCCGCAACACCUACUGCAAGGGCAAGGAGUGCCGCAAGCACACCCAGCACAAGGUCACCCAGUACAAGGCUGGCAAGGCCUCCCUAUUCGCCCAGGGUAAGCGCCGAUACGACCGCAAGCAGUCCGGUUAUGGUGGUCAGACCAAGCCUGUCUUCCACAAGAAGGCUAAGACUACCAAGAAGGUUGUUCUGCGAUUGGAGUGUGUCAAGUGCAAGACCAAGCUCCAGCUGGCGCUGAAGCGAUGCAAGCACUUCGAGCUUGGUGGUGACAAGAAGACGAAGGGUGCUGCUCUGGUUUUCUAA